AUGGAGGUCGACCCCGGCAGUCCUGCUGCUCCUAGGCGGCUCUUCUGCCCGGUGGGCGGUUGCCCUUGUGCGGAUGCUAACUCCGCCCGUGGGUGGACCUCCGACAGCACCCUGCGAGCACAUGUAGAUGCUCAUUUGGCGGGCUCGCUCAGUGGUCAGGUUCCUUCGGCUUGGCUUCAAGAUCGCUCUUUGCAGCAGUGCUUGGUGUGCGGGUUGUCUGUGUCCACUCGCUUCGGCAUCCAUCCCACGUGCAGGCCUGCUGCUCGGGCUGUGGGCGGUGCGGUCGGGAGCGGCCCCAGGGACACUGAUGGCCCUCUUCCGUCCUUAGCCGAGAUCCAGUGCAGCUACACGCCAACUCUGCGGCAUGUUCCCCCUAGCGCCCGCUAUGCUUGGGGGCAAGCACUGACUCGGGCAUGUGCGGCGGUGGCUGAAUACAACGAUGAGGCCGCUUGGGUUCAUUUACUUAUGCUGCCCAAAUGUGUGCUAUGCAGCCCCCGCCGGGGUGGCCGGAAACAUCAGCGCACCGCAGCCGCCUUCACCAUCGAACGCCUCAAGCGUUGGAAUGAUGGCGAGCGGGCCUCUUUGUGGGCCAGUCGGCCUCAGCCGCAGCGGCCCCAUGGCCGUGACAUGACGGCGGAGCAGAAGCGGGACUUCGCCACCGGCCUUGCCAGAGAAGGCUUCGACAAGAAGGCCUGCACAGCCUUGCUUUCGCACGGUCUCUGCGACCACUCCCAGGCAACAGUUGCAGCCCUGCGCGCCCUCCACCCCACAUCUGCAGCACCAGUCGUCCCUGCGUUGGAGAGCUUGCCGUUGGCGCCCGGGUUCGAUGUCGAUGCGGUGACGCAAGCCCUUCGCCGCUUCCCUUCAGACACGGCGCCGGGGCCUAGUGGCCUCCGCGUGCAGCACGUCUUGGAUGCUGUGGGGCAUGGCGUCGGGCUCCUGGACCAGCUUGCCGCGGUUGUGAACCUCCUGGCCCAAGGGCGGGCUUGUCCAAGCAUUGCUCCACUGCUCGCUGGUGCGGGGCUGGUGGCUUUGCCCAAGCCGUCUGGCGGUAUCCGCCCAAUAGCGGUAGGCGAGCUUCUUCGCCGCCUGACCGGCAAAUGCCUCAUGCAAGCGGUGCGGCCUGAGGCCCGGGACCACUUCUGGCCUGCCCAAGCAGGUGUUGCAGUGCCGGGCGGAGCUGAAGCUGCGGUCCAUGGCCUGCGAGCUUGGGUCAGCCGCCAUGCCGCUUCGCACGACUCGGUCGUGGUGAAGGUUGAUUUCCAGAACGCCUUCAACACUGUCAGCCGUGAUGUGGUCUUACAACAGGCCCGGGACAAGUUUCCCGCUCUGGCCCGCUGGAGCACGCGGUGCUACCAGCACGCCACCAACCUCCAGUUCGGAGACACGGUCCUCCAGUCCAACAGCGGAGUCCAGCAAGGGGAUCCCUUGGGACCCUUGCUCUUUGCGGCUGCUCUCCAUCCCCUGGCUGCAGCGCUUCGGACCACCGCCUUGGACUUUUCGGUGUUCUACUUGGACGAUGGGGUGCUGGCUGGGCCCAUUGAUGCGGUGACAGCUGCCCUGUCUCAACUUCAGCAGGCUGCUGGUCGAGUUGGCUUAGUGUUGAACUUGGGCAAGAGUGAGGCCAUCGCUGUGGGCAUGACGUCUGCCGCGGCCAUUGCGGCCAAGCUACCAUCCCAACUUGUGAGCACUUCCGAUGGCAACAAUCGCAUUCUCCGUGACUUUGAAUUUCUCGGGGCUGGCAUUGUGGGCCCGAGUAUUUGCAAAGGCAUGCUCGUGCAUACCAUGCGGUGCUGCCCACCCGCUGGGCACGAGACUGCAUUGGAACAGUUUGACUACCUGGUGCAAGAAUGUUUCAGCUCCUUCACUGGUCUGCAUGUUGAGGCUUCUGCGUGGCAACAAGCAAGCCGUGGCUUGGGCCAAGCCGGCCUGGGGCUCCGCUCCACUAAGGUCCAUGCGCCAGGUGCCUACCUUGCCUCAGUUGGCGCUUGUGCCCGACUCUGUGGUGAGCUUGAUGGCGGCUACUGGUUAGACCAUUCUGGAGAUGUGGCCGCCGCUUUGUCGGCACUCAACGCUUGCCUGGACCCAACUCAGCAGCUCACUGCCGCCGCUGCCUUGGGGCUCACGCAGAAGGACCUCAGCCGCAGAAUAGAUGGUGCUGGGUGGCAGGCCCAACUCCACGCAACUUCCGCUGUUGGCAAAGCCACGUUGUUGUCGGAGGCAACGCCUGGUGCUCGGGCCUUUCUGACCUGUGCGCCGUCCGGCCGCACACGCAUGGAGCCAGCGGUGUUCGUGGCUGAGAUCCGGGUCCGUCUGGGCAUUGCAGAAGCUGCUGCCGACACAUGGUGCCCCAAAUGCGAUGCCAUUCUGGACACGCAUGGGUACCAUGCUGGCAUGUGCAUGGCUGGUGGGGAGCGUACACUUCGCCACAACGCCCUUCGUGACCUGGUUCACAGUUGGGCCGAACGAGGAUGUCUUCGCCCUGAGCGUGAGAAGGCUGGCCUGCUUCUCCCACAACGACCUGAUGAUGCGGCCAGUGCCCGACGCCGCCCUGCGGAUGUGUUUCUCCCGUCCUUCCUUGGACGCCCAACUGCACUUGACUUUGCCGUCACGGCACCCCAGCGGUUGGACGCCCUUGGUGGUUCAGGAAACACUUCUGCUGCGGAGGCAUAUGGUGCUUACAAGCGCCGGCACCUGGACACAGCUGAUGCAUGCGCAGCCCAGCACGUGACCUUCCUCCCCAUGGUGAUUGAAACCACGGGCGCUUGGGCGCCGGAGGCGGCCCAAGCCUUGGCUCACAUCAGCCGCGCUGCUGGAGGCGGCGCAGGCGGGCCCACCUUGUUGCAGGAAACCUGCGUGCUGGUGCGUAGCUGGAGGGGCCGUGCUGCUCUGCGGCGCCGUGCUGAGCUCGUUGCUUGA